AUGGAGAACAAAGCUACUUUUCCUAAAAUUCUCAGACUCAGUGUUGGUGGCGUCCACUUUGAAACUUCUCUAGAAACUCUUAUCUCAGAUCCUAACUCGAUGCUUGCUGCAAUGUUUUCUGGAAGGCAUAAUGUAAUUAAGGAUGAAGAUGGCAGAUACUUCAUUGAUCGGGAUGGAACUCAUUUCAGAUACAUUCUGAAUUAUUUAAGAGACGGAAAUACUUACAUCCCUUUCGAAAACCAACAACUUCUUGAUGAGCUAUAUAAAGAAGUCUAAUUUUUCAACAUAGAAAAUCUACUUCAUCGUUUGGAUUAAGAAAGAUAAGGAGGAGGCAAAAAGAUAAGUUACACUAAAGUUCUUGAACUAAUAAACUUUUCGACUAAACCUUUAUAAUUACCGGGGAUUAAAUUUUCCACAAUUUAAAUAAGAUACUUGAAUCUAGACAGAUCAAACUUGAGAGGGUGCGAUUUCUAAGGCUGUUAAGCCUAGGAAGUGAGCUUAAUUAAUUCUAAUUUGCAGAAUUGCAACUUUAAUGAGUCUAAUUUCAAAAAUGCCAAUUUUAGAGAGGCGAAUCUUAGCAAAAGUACAUUUAUAAGUGCAAACUUUAUGCAUGUUGAUAUGUAUAAAACAGUUGCCAAGGACUGCAAUUUCUGCAAGGCAAGAAUGUCUAAUGCAGAUAUGAGAGAAGGGGACUUCGAAAACUCAAACUUCAAUGAAUCCUCCCUUUAUGGAGCCAAUCUUGAGAGAGCAAAUUUAUAAUUUUGUACAUUAACAGAGACCAAUCUAGAUAAUGCUAAUAUCACCAACCUCAGAGGUGGUUCUGAUAGGAAUGCUGUCUCUGGUGGAGGAUCUAAUAAUAUUUUCAACGACUGA